GUGACGUCACGGUCAGCUGUUUCAGUGUUUACACCGUUGAGGUUCCGAGGAUUUGCAUUGGUGAGGUUAGUGUUUACAUUAGCUGUUUGUUGGGUCACCCACUGUGUAGUCCAGUGACUUGGCCAGAUAGCCCAGUUAAGUGUGAAGAACCCCCAGUGCGCGGUGAGCUAGCUGCCCCCCCUGUCCCUACGAGCCCCAGCUUAUCUCAGUAGCUUAAGCAGAAGUCCAGCCCAGGGCCUGCUGCUGGACCGUCAGCACUGCUGGUCUCAGUCAGAAGCAGAACCGAGCCAAAAACAGCAACUGGAAUUGCACGGAAGACGUUUGGCGUUUUGUGAUAAAGGUGUGCUAGGCCUAGUGAAAAUGGGUGGAGCUGUUAGUGCUGGCGAGGACAAUGAUGAUCUGAUUGACAAUCUGAAGGAGGCUCAGUACAUUAGGACAGAUCUGGUGGAGCAAGCCUUCCGUGCCAUCGACCGUGCAGACUACUACCUCGAUGAGUUCAAAGACAGUGCUUAUAAGGACCUUGCCUGGAAGCAUGGGAACAUUCACUUGUCUGCACCAUGCAUCUACUCAGAAGUUAUGGAAGCUCUGGAGCUCCAUCCGGGACUGUCAUUCCUUAAUCUUGGCAGUGGCACUGGUUAUCUGAGUACCAUGGUGGGGCUGAUUUUAGGUCCUUUUGGUAUUAAUCACGGUGUUGAACUUCACGCUGAUGUCGUAGACUAUGCCAAGCAAAAACUGGAUUCCUUUGUCAAAACCAGUGACAGCUUUGACAAGUUUGAGUUUUGUGAACCUUCGUUUGUGUCAGGCAAUUGCCUGGAGAUCAGUUUGGAUUGUGGGCAGUAUGACCGUGUUUACUGCGGGGCUGGAGUACAGAAGGAACAUGAGGAUUACAUGAAAAAUCUCUUAAAAGUUAGUGGAAUUCUUGUCAUGCCACUGGAGGAGAAGUUGAUCAAGAUAACACGGACAACUGCCAACACCUGGGAAACCAAGAAAAUUUUGGCUGUGUCCUUUGCUCCAUUGGUUCAGCCCAGCAACAAAGAUUCAGGAAGACAUCGAGCUGUCCAGCUACCUUCUCUGAACGUGUACAGUCUUCAGGACUUGGCUCGCAUUACAAUAAGGACGACACUCAAGAAUGUCAUCAAGCAGGAGAAGACUGCCAAGAGUGGCAAUGGCCUGAAAAGUCCUCCUAGAUUCAAACGCAGGCGACUGCGCCGACGGCGCAUGGAUGCUAUUGUCUUUGUGGACAAGCAGGUCUUCACCAGCCGCAUCCCAAAUCCAUUUGACAACAAUAACAACAAUAGCUUUGAAGAAGUGGAUGAGGAUGAGAGGAGGAAACAGAGUGGGUCAGAGCACCCUGAACAGAAACAUGAUCCUCCUGUUAACUUGCUGCGUGAAAAGAUACUGAGUCUGCCUUUGCCUGACCCACUCAAGUCUUACCUGCUGUACUACAGGCAGAAGUAGCUUGGUCAGCAUUUUAAAGUGAAGAUAUGCAGGCAUGUUGUACACCCUUAUCUGCCAGCUUACUAUUAUGUGACUCUGUCAUGUUCUGCAGUAAACCAGGCCCCUGAAUUCAACACUAGACUAGCUGCUCAGAAGUGCAACCGUCCCUUAACGUUUGGCAGUUUUCAUUGACAAAAGCAGACAGAUUUGUUCAGAUUAACGUGUCGGUGUUGCUAAGUAUCCAGGGCUCAUUAAUGGUCUUUUUUUUUUUUUAAGAUUAGUUCUGAAAUUUCUGUUCUAACCAACUAAAACGUCCUGGUUAGUAUGAAGCAUCAAACAGUGGUGUGGUUGUAUUUUAUAAACCAAUAUUUUAUUAGGAAGGAUUUUUGUUAUUAAAAAGCCUCACCCCAGUAUUGAAUAUGAGCCAUUGCUGGAUGCACAGCACACUGACCAUCCAUGCACAAAGACUGUGUGUAUUUUGUUGCUUCUUAAGUGAAGGCUGUCUCUUUGGGAGCAGCUUAUACCGGGUCUGGACAGAACAACAGCUAAAAGGUAAGGGCUGAAGGGAAGUGCUGUGUCCAGGAUGAAGGCUGUGGUUCUCAUGCUGAAAUAUGGGAUUGAAUAACAAUGUGUGAGCCUCAGAGAUGAGGAUUCUGGCUGUAUCAUGCAUCUGCAGUUCCUGGCAUGUAUGUCUAGCAAUGCCUACUGCCUCUUUUGCUUUCUGCCUAUUCUACAGAGUGUGUGUGUGUUGUGAUUUGAUAAAGUUUUCUUCUCAAAAGAAAGACAUACUCAUUAGAGAUACAAGCUUAGUCUUGGAAAAUAAUGUAAUACAUUUAAGUUUUACUUAAUUUUUUGAGAAGGGGUAACAAAGCCAUGAUGUCAUCAGAACCACUGGUGAAGCUGAUGAUCGUUGAGAAUGCAGCUCUGGGGCAUUCCCUUCCAGUAAGUACGGGUGCCUUGCAUCCAAGUGAGAACAAGUUAUUCACAAAGGUCCAUCUGCAGUUGAAGUACUGCUUAUGAUUGCAGGCUUUCAGUACAGAACACAAAGCAUGGAGGUGAUGUUUGUGAGAAGAGAAAUUGUAAAACCAUACCUCCUGUAUGUUUGGUAGGAGAUGAAAAUGUUGUACAGUCAAAGUAGAUUAUCUUGUAGUAAAAAGUUUAGAUAACACAAUGUAAGCCAUCUCUUAAAAACUAGCAUUUGAUAUCCAGGAAAAUGCUAAUGUGGAGUUUUUCUUGAUGGCAGAAGCAUUCAUGCAGCAUAAGCCAUCACUUAAAACUACAGGAUGUCUUUUGUUUCCGUACAUGUGUAGGUUGUCUAAGGAAAAUGUUAAUGUAGAGCUUUUCAUGAUGAGACAUUGUUUGGUAAUUUGGGGUGUAAGAGCCCUGUAAGAAUGUUGUUCACUGCAGUGACAGAGAAAGUUUGCUGCAUUCAUUCCCUGGAGGUGAAAAAGACCAUCUUGAUGUCACAUUAAGAGUGAAUGUAUAAUCUCUGAAAUUAAAAAACGUUGUAACAGCAUACAAAGUAAAAACCAAAUCUAUGACAUAUCCUGUCUGGUCAUGUUCCGCUGUGCAGCCAGUACCCCUUGCAUUUCCUACCAGUAAAACUAGGUUAUGGGAGUAGUUAGACUGUAUAUGUUGGGAUGUGGGUUAUAUAACCACAUACAUUUUCUGACUGAUUCCUUAAUUUUUUAUUUUUUUUUUUUUUGCUGGUCCUAUGAUGAUUCUGUGCUGCUUGUCAGAUUCUGCUGUAGUAGGCUUGAAUCCUUAGUUCUUUGUGUAUGUGUGAGCAUUUCAUGAUGCCAUAAUACAAGUAUUGUUCUGUGUCCUUGGCUGUUCUGUGUCGUGGGGAUGAAAACUGCACAUGGACUAAAUUGAAAAAAAAUGUUCUUGAGGCUGACUUUCUCCACUGAGUCAGGGCACAGUGUCAUUAGGGUACAGGCAGUCUGGUAGAACCAUUCAAAAUUUCUACUGACUUAAGACACCAGUGGUAUUGUGUCUGUCUCGUCUGAUAAUAAUAUGUCCUGAGCUCUUAUCAGCCAUCUGCUAGUCAUUAUUUCUGUCCUAAUUUUAAAUGUAAAUAAUAUAUAUUUAGU